GAUUCGGAGAAAGUGAAGGGUGACAUUCUUUUCGUGCAUUCCUCGCUUCCGUGUUACCGAAUCGUUUCCAGAUGCUUGCGUGUUCGUGCACGUCGGAUAGAAAAUUCGCCAAAAUUUCACGUUGGAGCUUUUUUCCAUCCGUUGAAUUUUUCAACCUGUUGCGUCGUGCUCUUUUUUCUCGUUUUAUUUUUUAAAUACUAUUGGGAUAAUAUGGCGGAACGUGUUCUUGUAAUAUCGAAAGUGAAUGCGGUUUUUGUUGUGGCUGUUCCGACAAAACUGUGCGUGAAAAAAAUACAUGAAAAACAGAAAAACAGCGUAAAUAUGGAAACAAUUUACUUGCAAGUGAAUUAUCGAGAUUUUUAUAUUGCUUUAUUUCACUCGUGCCAACGAUUAACAAAAGUGUGUGCAUAUUUCUCUACCACCAGAAAAAAAAAGAGAAAUAUAGAAAUAUUUGUUUCAAGCGACAUUCGUGGAACGAUACACAACGAAGCUUGGAAGAAACCAAGGUCGUUUAAUCGCCGCUCAUGGCUCUUAAACUUAACAAACACGUCACUGGGUCGAUUUGAUUUUACUUUCGUAAUCAUCGAAAAGCAUCAAUAUGCGCAUUUUUUGAAUUCGUGUCAUCGCAGAGUCCUUGAAAUCUCGAUUUUGUGUUAGGCUUCUCGGUGAUGUCGCUGUAGUCGGGACAUUAUUACGAUAGGUCGCAACACUUUCAUUUACGGUUACUAACAGGGACUAUUAUAAAUACGAGCAGUUUUUCUUUCUCCGAUGUCUUCGCUCAUUGUGGCUACGAGAGAAAGUCGUCCGAAUGGUCACGGCCUAUUUAACGAUUGGCUGGUGCAAUUUCAACGCCACCUUUUUGUAUAAUAUAAAAUCGUGGAACUUUCGAAGAAAUUUGUUGAAUUACGAAAAAUUGAUCUUUAAGAUACAUAACCUUAACGAUGAUAUUUUUUAUACGAAUUUGUUAACCACAAAAAUUACGUUUUGCAUUAUUUUGUCGUAUAAAAGAUGUUUUUUGCUUAAGAAAAAAAGGAAAAAAAGAAGAAAAAAAGGAAAGACAGUAACUACAGGAAAAGAGUGCAGAGAAAUAGUUGAAAAAGGUCUAACGGGCUUGAAGAAACGGUACCGCGUCCUUCAUGGAAACGAGCCUUCCACGAGUCGUGGCUCUAUCAGCUUGAAUCUUAAAGAAUCUUUGUUUCUCGAGCAACGUUAUCUCGAGAACAUAUCUUUCUUCACAAAGAGUAUCGUGACAUCCACUUCCUUGAUGUUCAACUCCUCUCGGAAUCGCUAACUACGUUUACACAAAACUAAAAUAAUCUUUAUUUUCCUCAAACACUGUUUAGAUCCAAUCGGAUAAUAUUUCAACCUAUUCGAAUAAUUAUCACGUUGUCUAUCAUGCGAAUUUUGUAUAUUUUUUAAUUUUAUCAAUUUCAUUUUUUCAAAAUAUUAUAAAAUAUAAAAUAUUCUGUUGCAAUUGUGCACUUUUUUCUGCCAAUGUUACUUAACUCAUUUUGUAGUCCAUAUAAUUUAUUUUAUUUUGCUCAUUCUAAGAAAAUUUAGUAAAACGUAGACCACCGAUGACCACUGUGACAGUCAUAUUAAAUUUCAUCAUUCAAUAUUUUUAAGAUGCAUUAUUAGGUCAUGAGAAUGUCGAAUGUAAAUUCUAUGGCUCCCGAGUGGUGGUUAUCUUUCUUUUUCCAUGGUAUUAUCAAAGAUACGCGCACGCGGUGAGAUAAAGCACAAGGUCCGAUUUAAAAGAAACGCAUUAAUUCGAAUGAAAUUCAAAGGGGCGCUGACGGGUGACGUGCACGACGGUGUGGAUGCCUCGAAAAAAGAAACUCGCUUGUUUCAUUAUUCGAGCAGAGUAAAAGUACUAGCGUUGGCGCAAUUAACGAGCUCCGCCAGGAAUCUUUUACUCGUGAUUCGCGCACAUACGUGUUUAUAUAUGCACUCGCACCGCUACCUGUUCACUAUCGUACAGGGUAUCUCCAGUUAAGUGCUUGUCGAUGUGUUCGAACGAAAACAAAACGACUGGUGUUCCGGAACAACGUUACUAAUAACCCUCUGCCGGUAAAUAUGCAAAAUUACAUGGAACGAAUGACCGUUUAAACGCCUGAAAUUCAACGUCCGUAAUUUCAUAAUCUUAAGCCCUGUCUCCACUGAAACAACAACGUUUAUCGUUUUUUGUUACCGUUCCAUGUUUCUCGAAAAAGUCGCCGCUUGUUAUCGAAUGUUUUUCAAGUUUCUGGGUAUUUCUGUUGUCGGUAACAAAUAUGGCCGGUUGCUGUCGGUUUCCAUCUGGAGCGGUAAAGAUCAACGGAAAAUAGAAAACACGUAACAAUAGCAGCAAAUGUUCCUUCAAUGCAUUCUUGCUGCUAGCAACAAAUAGCCUUGAAGCCGAAACAAAACAUAACUAUUCCUCAGAUUAUGUUGUUCCAAUGUGGACAAAGUAUUUCUAUAACUUGCUCUUUGUUGGAUAUGCAGCAACAAGAGGCGUCAAAAUGAUCCUCGUUGUUGCUUCAGUGAGUUUUAAAUACACGGAUAUUAGAGCAUAAGAAAAAGUAAAUGUUAAACGAAUUUGUUCGUGUAAUCAUCGAUUUGUUUGCCUUCUGUAAAUAUGUAUUCCAUACGAUUCCUUUGCGCAAAAAGAGAAAGUGAUAGCAUCUUUCUCGUCGCUAAAUGUGCACGCUUCGACUGCAAGAACAAACGA